CACGACGUGGAAUUUCCCGAGGCUCUCGCUCUCGCUCUCGCUCUCGUUUGGGACCGGAUCUGUGGGGUCCACGCUCAGGUGACCGGACACAAAGACGCAGUCGUUCUCCCGGACAUGACCCGAAACGACGCGGGCCAAGAGCCCCUCGAACAGGACGGGGAUUUUCAGGGGAUCCUUUACGCCACCGUUCAUGAGGGAAAUCACGGUGGUGGCCAGAUGCUUUCCGCCGCCGGCAGACUCGAACCGGAUGGGAAUCCCGACCCGGCCGAUCAGGUUCACGAAGUUGGCUGCCUUCGACUGGUACGAUAUCGUCCCCGGCUUGGGCCAGACGGCGGUCAGCUCCUCCGAUUGCUUCAGGGCUAUCUGGGAGAAAGAUAUCAACGAUGUCGUCGCGGAGCGUUUCUCGGGCUUGGGCUUUGUCGGUUCCGGGGUUUUCCGGCUGCUGCCUCGGGCCGUGGUUUUGGUGGAGUAGGUCUCGCAUUGAGGGCGGCGGUCUUGGGGUGGAAAUUGAGGAGGCGCAUUGCCGGCGAGGGGGAGGAGAAUAUCAGAUGGGACGACAUUUUUGCUCUGGCUAGUACAUUCAUGGCGGGCAUUUUGUUAGGGUUUGUCGAGGGUUUUGGCCUUUUUGGGUCUUCUGGAGUGGAAACGAAAGGGCCUGAAAAGGAGGUCGGUUUGGAUAGAGCUGAAGUC